AUGACAUCCAACCACACAACAUCCCAAUUGCCAGCCUUUCUCCUGCUUGGGAUACCCUGGAGAGAAGAUAUCCACAAGUGGCUCUCUAUUCCCUUCUUCUUCCUCUACCUUGCAGCUGCUCUAGGCAAUGGUGCCAUACUGGUGGCAGUGGCCCGGAAUCCAUCACUCCGUGAACCCAUGCAUUGUUUCCUCUCCAUGCUUGCUGUCACUGACCUGGCAUUAUCAGGCACCACACUACCUACCACAUUAGGCUUGUUGUGGUUUGGCAUCAGCCAGGUGGCCUUUGAUGUUUGCUUGACCCAAAUGUUUUUCAUCCAUGUUGCCUCAGUGGCAGAGUCAUCAGUGCUCCUUGCCAUGGCAGUAGACCGAUGGGCUGCCAUUGCCUGUCCACUGCGGUAUUCUGCUCUCUUAACUCACCGAGUGGUUGCAAAGGUAGGACUGGCUGUGUUGGUCCGUUCAGCUCUCACUUUGCUACCCCUGCCAUUCUUGCUACUCAGGUUGACUUAUAAUGAACAACGGAGGCUUACCCACUCUUUCUGCUUCCAUCCAGAUAUCAUGAAGCUGGCACGUAAUGAAACUGAAGUCAAUGUUCACUAUGGUCUCUUUGUUAUCUUGUCUACAGCUGGUAUUGACUCAGUCCUCAUUAUUCUCUCCUAUAUGCCUAUAGCAAAAGUAAUUCUGGGCUUAGGGUCAUGGGAAGAAAGAGUGCGAGCUGCAAGGACCUGUGUGAGUCAUGUGGCGGCUGUCCUAGUGUUUUUUGUGCCCAUGAUUGGACUUUCAGUCAUGCAUCGUUUUGGGAGUCAUGGUCCACUGCCACUGGCCUUGGUAGCCUACACCUACCUCCUGGUGCCACCUGCUCUCAACCCUGUCAUCUAUAGUAUCAAGUUUCAGUGCAUCUGGAAGACUCUGCUCAGGCUCUGCUUCUACCAGCCUGGAGCCCCAAGGUGGGCAGCAUCUCCACCUCCCACCCACACUGGACAUAAAUCUCUCUCAAUUACAUGCUCCCAGAGAUACUCUGUUCAGAUAAUGCAAAUGGAGUCCUCACAAUUGGAGAAUUCCCAGUCUGAUGAAGGAGGAAUCGGACUAGUCUUUGGGGAUGAUCAAGUAUGAUGAAGGCAUAUGUGACAUAGAAUGAAGAUUAACAAAUAAGAAAAAAAAAUGCAAUCAAUUCCAACUCUAAAGAAAGUGGUCCCAAGCUAUCAAACCAAAUCCUGGGGGAUUUGGUAGAUGAUAAUAAAAGAUGGAAUGAGUGGAGUACCUAGAGUUAGAUUUGCUCAAUAGGGCUGGAAUGGUUUGCUGCAGUAGAUAAGUUUAAAAACAAAAAUGACUGGAGUAUAGUAGUAAGCAGUAAGUAGUAAGAAUGCCAGAUUUGGAAACAGAAGUAGUGGCUUUUUUUAUUUACUGGCAUUUUUAAGAUUAUUUGUAAUCACUUUACCUCUUAGGCCUCCAGUUUCUUCAUCUGUUAAGUGGGAAUUAAUUAAAUCUAUUCUGUACAUUUUUAAAGGCUACUCCAAAAAACAAGUAAGAUAACAUAUGUGAAAACACUGAAAACUGUAGAGCUCUAGGAAAACAUGAGAAAUUAUAGAAACAGAGCCUUGAAGGGAAGACCAGUUGUUUGCCUAUGAUUUCUCUUUCUGCAUCAGGAUUCCUGAUGGAAAAUCCCUGGAUGCUGCUAAUCCCUAUGGCUUACCCACAAGCAUUAAGAAGUUCAAUGUUUCUGACCCAUUAGUCCAUCAGUUUACUGGUUCAAAGUUUUAAUAAGUCCAAAUUUCAAAGCUCUAUUAUAUUCUGAGACCUAUCUACACUUCAGCCUCUGCCACCAUUGCCUCUACAUGUAGCCUCUGCCCUCCUUCCACUUACCUGAGCUAUCAUAAGAAUUUACAGGAUUUAUUACAGCAGAAAACUCCCAUAAAAUAAUAUCGAACACACAAGAAAUUACAGUCUAAAUGUUAUCUGGCCUGUGAUAUCACAACCUGGCAUGAAACCUUCAAGUUCUAAGCUAUCACCAGUAGAAUUUAAAUCCCCUGAAGGCAAAGGAUACAUUGGUUUGUCUUAUCUACAGAACAAUGAUAAUGGAGAGCUGAGAAGAAAGCCAUUGUGGCCCAGGAUGAUGGACACACUGGUGAGAAAGUUGCCCUCCAGCUUUUGAUUCCAGUCUCAUCCUGUUCUGCUCAGUAUGGGAAGAAGAGACAGAGGGAGAGAUCUGGACUUCUUUCUCCUUAGUCUGUUAGCCAAGAGUAGCCUUUGCUUCCAUUUUGCUGUUGUUGUCAUUGUUAGUUUGCUUUUUUAACUUCCUGAUUGUACUCCUUUGUACUCACCUCUUUUCAUGAGUUCAAAAAGAGAAAAGUUGGAAAACUGCCUAAAUCCUUCUCUGGUAUGAUUCAUGAUGAUAAUAGAGUGGGAUUGGGGUGGAGGUUUUUGCCCUGUUAAAGAGAUGUGAGCUACUGUUCCUUUGUAGCACAACUUGAGGAGUAGAGAGGUGGAUACAAGGCAUUCAUUUGGAUUCUCAUAAGUAGAAGAGUAUAUUGUAUUUAUCCCAUUAAACCAUAUGGUCUAGA